GGAAAUAAGAGUCUGGGGUUUAGUUUGACAGUACCCUCAAAUAUGGGAUCUAUUUGAAUAAAUCACAAAAAAUCUGCCGGUGAAAACCCCAAAGUUCCGUACUACCGGGACUGGAAGCUUCUAUAAUUUCUUCUCUUUUUCUCUCUAUCGUAAGUUUUAUUGCGGUCGUAAAUUUUAUUGCGGGUUUUUGGAAUUGCAAACAGGAGACAUCGCUGUUGCUAUUAUCGGGGUCAUCUGAUUCGAAGGUUUCGUUUCUGACCUCAGGAAUCGUAAGAGCUAAAGAUGGAUAUUGUCAAAAGAGAGAAUGAGCCAAUGGAAUGGUCAACAGUCCCCUACGGUGCUCCUCAAGGACCUGGCUCCAAUGGCAAGCAACGGACGUCAAGCUUAGAAGCGCCUAUAAUGUUGCUAAGUGGACACCAAAGUGCUAUCUACACCAUGAAAUUCAACCCUGCCGGAACCGUGAUCGCCUCUGGAUCUCACGACAGAGAAAUCUUCCUCUGGAGAGUUCACGGAGACUGCAAAAACUUUAUGGUUUUGAAAGGUCACAAGAACGCUGUCCUCGACCUUCACUGGACAAGUGAUGGCUCCCAGAUUGUAUCAGCCAGUCCAGACAAAACCGUUAGAGCCUGGGAUGUCGAAACAGGUAAACAAGUCAAGAAAAUGGCUGAACACUCGUCAUUUGUGAAUUCUUGCUGUCCUUCCCGUCGAGGAGUGCCUCUUAUCGUAAGUGGAUCUGAUGAUGGAACUGCAAAGCUUUGGGACAUGCGUCAAAGAGGAGCCAUACAAACAUUCCCUGAUAAAUACCAAAUCACGGCCGUGAGUUUCUCUGAUGCAGCCGAUAAGAUAUUCACUGGCGGUGUGGACAACGAUGUUAAAGUAUGGGACUUGAGGAAAGGCGAAGUGAUCAUGACCCUUGAAGGCCAUCAAGAUACGAUAACAGGUAUGAGCCUAAGUCCAGACGGAUCUUACCUUCUGACUAAUGCCAUGGACAGUAAGCUCUUUGUAUGGGAUAUGCGUCCUUACGCUCCACAGAAUCGAGGUGUGAAGAUCUUUGAAGGGCAUCAACACAACUUUGAGAAGAACUUGUUGAAAUGUGCUUGGUCACCAGAUGGUAGUAAAGUCACAGCAGGUAGUGCGGAUCGAAUGGUUCAUAUAUGGGACACGGCGUCUAGGCGGAUUCUGUAUAAGCUCCCUGGUCACAAUGGAUCCGUCAAUGAGUCUGUUUUCCAUCCUCACGAACCAAUCAUUGGAUCUUGCGGUGGUGAUAAACAGAUUUAUCUAGGUGAGAUCUGAGAGAAUAUUGUAGAAAGCUUUUGUUUUGAGUUACUAUCAUACCGGGAUUCAAAACAACCUUUGUAACUCUUGAAAACAUCUCGUCGGUUUUUUUCAAAUUGA